AUCUGUUUCCGCUCGCACAGAGUAGCCGCAUCACGCUAUUGGUCAAGAAUGACAUCAAUAGUUUUGAUUUCUGUUGAUUGUUUUGGAUUGGAAUCGAGAGGCUUAUUAAAAUUCUAAUAUUUACUGGGAAAUAAUAAGUCGUAGGAUAAUAUUUACGUAGUCUGUUCGAUUAAAAGGAUUGUCACAAUAUAUAUUCAGAUGGACUCUGACGAUGAAAUAUUACCAGAAGAUAGAAUAUUUGAUACUAGAAUUGAUCAAAUCUGGGCAGAAAACAUGGAAGUUUACCAAAAGUCAUUUAUUUUUGAAGAUGAUGAUGAAGAAAUAUCAGAAGAUAAUAAAGAGAAAUGCUUGAAAAAUGAUCAAGAAUGCAUUAAGGAAAUAGAAGAGGAUGAUAAGGAUUCUGUCUUGAGUUCAAAAGCUAAGGAAUUGCUUAGACAGAUGGCAGCAAAAAAGCAAGCAAGAUCCAGAGGAAGAAAGAAAGGGAGUAAACGAAAAAAUGAUACUGACACAAGCAACAAUAAUGAGGUUAUUAAGCUUACUGCUAGCGCCAAGCGGCGGAUCAGAGAAAUCGAAUUAGAAACUGCAAGGGAGUCAAAAAGAAUGGAGGAAGAGAAUAAACUGUUGUUUGCCAAGUGCAAUAAUAUUCUCAACUUAGAUUCUCCCAUUGUGUUGGAAAAUGAAGAAGAUACCAAUCGAGAAAUCGCUAUUAAAGUCAAAUAUCAAUUUAAAGUUUCAAAAGUGAGAGUUACAGAGAAAGAAGAAUUUAAGUCCAUCUUUCAAAAAGUUGCAGAUUUACAUGGGCUGAAACCAACAGGAUUUCUGCUUUGUUUAGGAGACAACAACAUCAAAUUAACUGACACUCCUGAAAGUCUUGGCAUUCGCAUCUGUGAUAUAAUAGAUUGUAUUCCAUAUGAUGAAGAUGAGGAGAAUAUGAAUAACUCAAAUACACUGCUCUUGAAAAUGCAGUCUAAUGAUACUAGAAAAAAGACAGAAAUCCGAGCACACAAAUUGGAAAAAUUCUUAGAAGUGAUGAAAAAGUAUGCGGAUCAAAGAAAACUUCCACUGGAAAAUUUGACAUUUGAGUUUGAUGGGGAGGUAAUUCAACCAGAUGAAACACCUGUAGAUCUGGACAUGGAGAGUGGAAGUUGCAUUGAUGUCCGGGUAGCAAACACUAAGAAAUCUCCCAAGAAAGCGCUGUCUACAAAUGCUAAAAACAUUCUGCCUAUACCUGUGAUGGACAUUGUUGUUUUAGACUGAUUUGAAUAGCAAGUUUUAAUAUGUAAAUAUUAUGUUCAACAUCAUUGGUUGUAAAUAGCAGGUAGAAAAACUAAUGGUAUUAGAAAUUUUGAACAAAAAAGAGUUUGUUUGAAAUGUGUUACUUUUUAAAAAUAAUUUUAUUGGAUUUUAAAUGUUAUUAAAAGAAAAUUCAUCUAUUAUGUAAUUGUUUUCCUUCAAUUUUUUCAUUUAACUAUUUCUAAAAUUUCUUGAAAGAGGUGUUGAUUAAAAAUUUAAGUUUAUUUUGUUAAAUAAGUUUUUAUUUUGAAAUCAACCAUAACAAUUUCAAUUUUGCACAAUGAUUUUGUUUAACUGAGUUAUAAGUCUGUCAAAAUAAAAGUGGUUAAAGUUUUUUCCAUAUUAUUAAUUACUCCUAUUCUAGUGCUGGUUAAAUUAUUAAAAUCUGAAGUUUAAAAAAUAUAUAAAUUAUAACUUUACUGUUUUUUUUAAUCAGUGUUAUGUUUAUUACCAUAUAAUGGAAGCAUAUUCUUAUGGUUAUUUCACUUUUAAAAUUUACUGAAAUUAUUUGUUAAGUAUUCACAUAAGUCAUUUCAAUUUGUAAUGUAGUUUUCAAAUGUAUAUAUAUGCAUACAAUCACUUUUGUAUGGAGAUUUGUAAAAUAUCUUAUUUUAUAGCAUAAUAAAAUUGCAUUUUCAUUUUGCUCA